AUGGUUGGGAAGUCCAGGGUCCAGUAUUUCACAAAUUAUACACAUACACCUGACGUUUUAGAUAGAUUUAAGCACGUGGAAUCGUCAUUUAACAACAAAGCAGGCUCAGAUGACUAUGAUCUUUACUUUGAAACUACGAAGGCUCAGAAAAGAACGUCAGAUUCUAAAGACGCUGAACACUCACUGGAUGACUACUCGUUAGAAAAUGUGGAAUCGGCACUUAUGCAAUUUGUCCCAGAAUACAUAGCAAACUCGAAAGAAGACACUAGUGACACAUUUAUGACUCCCGGCCAGUGCUUCUUCCUGGAAAACAAAGAUAAACUAAUGGAAACAGUUAAAAAAAGGUACCAUGAGGAGAAAAAUGCUCUAAAAAACAAGGUAGAUGGCGGAUCUGAGGGCGAGGACGUGUAUUCACUGCUAUUGAAUUACGACUUUAAUGAGGAAUCUUACGGAUCAUACGGCUCAGAAUACACACAAACCAGGAAAAAGGAGCAUCUGUGGGACUAUAAUUCAAACACGCUUUCAAUUACAAGGUAUCGGACAGACUCAGUGAUAAAAAUAUUUAGAGAGCCCGUCGAGUUGAUUAAGGGAGUAAUGCCAACAAUCCAGCAAAUUGUGGAAAUACUGGAGCAGGAACGCCUGGUCGAUGUGUCAGUGAUGGAUAUGGAUAAGUGCGAAAGAAGGGACCAGGGACUGUACGUGAUCAUAGCCACGGGAGCCACACCAGAACACUGCAGGUUAGUGAGCACAGUUGAUAACGGGGAAUCCAGGAGAGUGGGAAGGAUGCUCUACAACGUGAUAAUUGACCUGGAGAUACCAUUCGUGUCAAAGAUAUCGUACUGCUGCAGGUCGAGGAACGACGAGUGGAUCGUAUCACACCUCGGGCCACUGUCAGUCCACCUCAUGACUGAGGAGGUGAGGAAAAGAUACAGCCUGGAGGAGUUCUGGUCGGAGCACUACUCAACCAGGAGUGGCGCAUCUUUGCAAAACCUGAUCGAAUGA